GUCCUUCACUCAUCCAGACUUCAACUCUUUCACUUGUCUACUCUCCCAUGACAUUAUCAACUCUGAGCUCUACUUGAUCCGCUCACACUUCUACUAACAUAUAAAGCACUUUCGGAAAAGUCGCCAUCGCGACACCGCGCCAGAUGUCGAUGUCGCACAACUCGUGGGCGCCCUUACCGCCGCCGCCUGGCACCCAGCCAUCAUACGCAGCCAUGGCCGCAAGCACUACAGCAUAUACACCAGUGCAAGUUCGACAGUCAUUCAACUAUCCUCCAACCCAAGCUCCACAAUUCGUACAUGUAGCCCAAUACCCCCAACUUCCUCCCGUGGCCGCCCCCGCGAAGCCGCCGACAAAAAAGAGAAUCGAAUGGCCAACAUCAGUGCGCAGCUAUGUACAGAGGGCGUUCGAUCCGAGUAACCUGUAUCCCGAUGUCCCGAGAGCGGAUAUGGAGGCGAAACUCAAGGCGACCAUCUCGUCCGCCACUGAAACGGAUACCCUUACGAGUGUAGACUGGGAUAACCUACCUUUGCCUCAGGAUAUGGUGCGAACUGAACGAGCUGCUCUAGCAGAACCAUCUCCCCGUUGGGUUAAUGGGCGUUUCAUCUCGAGCCCCGAGUCGAAAAAGCGGAAAUCGCAGGUAUUGGAUGGAAAAGACGAGCAAGAUGUGUCUUCAAAUCCUCCAUGGCGUACAACUAACACACACACCGGUUUUGAAGACCGAAUAACAUUUGCACCGAAUGGUGGCCCUCUCAAUGUAGCGACCAAGCCUCUCCCGGAUGGCCUAUCGACCAAGGCAAGUAAGUCCCAGAAGAACCUUGAGAAGCGACAACGACGAUUUGAUGGCGGCUAUAAAUCUACCUACAAGGAGUCGCCCGUUCUGGACGCCAGUUCCGGACCUGUUGUUGGCCGUUGCCAGACUCUCGAAAAGAGAUACUUCCGUCUUACAUCUGCUCCAAACCCCGAUCAUGUCCGCCCAGAGCCUAUCUUGAAACAAACACUGGAUUUCCUGAAGAAGAAGUGGAGGAAGGAGAGCAAUUAUUCAUACAUCUGCGACCAGUUCAAAUCUCUCCGUCAAGAUCUUACCGUGCAGCACAUCCGGAACAAGUUUACCGUAGAAGUCUACGAGAUUCAUGCCCGGAUUGCUCUGGAGAAGGGGGACCUCGGUGAGUAUAACCAGUGCCAAACACAGUUGCGCGCUCUGUACGCGCAGAAGCUCGGCGGAAACCCGAUCGAAUUCAAGGCGUACCGUAUACUUUAUUUUAUUCACACAUGCAACCGGACGGCCCUGAACGACGUGUUGGCGGAUCUAACCAUAGCAGAAAAGGACGAGUUGGCGAUCAAGCAUGCGCUCGGCGUCCGUUCGGCGCUCGCUUUAGGAAACUACCACAGAUUUUUCAGAUUAUACCUCGACACCCCGAACAUGGGCGCAUAUCUCAUGGAUAUGUUUGUCGAAAGAGAGCGUCUGGCUGCGCUGUCUAACAUUUGCAGAGCAUACAAACCACAUGUGAAACUGCGUUUUAUUACUGAAGAGCUUGGCUUUGAAUCGGACGCCGAGGCGGCACAGUUUAUCUGUACUUACGAAGGCGGCCGAGCGUUACUUGAAGAGCGAGAAGAUGGCAUCCUACUACUUACCGGCAAGACCGGCGGCAUGUUCGACGUGGCCAAGAAUGCGGCGUUCAAAAAGAUUGACAUCAAGGGCCAGAUCUAAACCCCGGUGUUCGAUUUCUGUUUUAUUGUCCCACAGGACCCUUCCGAGAGUACGAUAUGAACCGGUGGCAUAUACCCAGGCAAUCAUUGCUAUGCUGCCGACUCUGGCUCGAAUAUGUGGCCAUUCCUUGGACCUUCCUAGAAAGGUGAAUAGCGACCACAAGUGUCUUCACAUUCGUCCUCGUCCGUCAGUCCGCAUCACAAGUCCACGUCAGCGUCAUUUGUCCAGCACUCCAGCCUUUUUUUAAUUUAUUUGCAAGCACCUCGUCGGCAUACCUCAAUUCACCUAACCUAUUUCUGUCACAAAGUCACAAGCUUCCAGGACGAACCCUGGAUCCUACUACUUCUCCCUCUCUACAUUUCCUAUCCGUCGUUUCGCCUAGCUUAGAUGUAUACUCUAACAGCAAAAUGAGGGGUAUGUUAUUUUCGCCGUUCCGCCGUUUGGGGGUUGCAGGGGGCAGCAAAAGAGAUAUAAAUACCAUAGUUCGGACAGAUUGAUCGUGGGAUGUUGGGGAGACUUUCUGUGCAUAAUCGGAUGGGGAUUCGCAUGAGCAUCUCUUACGACGCGACGCGGGGUAGCGGCAGCAUGCAUGCAUGGUCAGAGGGGAUCAGGGGGGUUAGCAUGUGGUUCACUUUUUGAGGAUUUUCGAUUCCCCGACCGACCAUCGACCAUCACCCACGCACUCGGCGCAGUAGGAGUUUAUUUUGUGGGGGUUGAGCUAUAUACCAGGCAGGCAUCCAAGUCGUCGUCGUCCGUCGUCAGCGGCGGCGGUGGCAGACAGUGGCGUUUUUGCUUCAUUUUUUUAUGAUCUGGCGCAAUUGGGAUAGAGAAAGGAGUUUUUACUCUAGAAAAGAAGCGCAAGUAAUAGAAAAAGUCGAAUUUUUAUCAAUCCC